AUGGAAGUCCAAAACAAGACGAAAGGAGCAGCCAGGGCCACUUGCCAUUCUGAUAAAUCAGAGGCCAAAGAAGGUGAGCCAAAAUGUCCAGCAGCCCGUGCUCCAGUUCGAGCUAUAAGGAAUUGCCCGUUCUGUGACUUCACAUGCAAAUCGUUUUCCCUCUGACGGUAUGAUGAUGAUGGAGCCCGCCGCCUGGCGAUUUAUCUUUUAAACUCUCCCAUAACUUCCCCCGUUUCAAUCCCCCCGAGAUUGCCUGAAAAUCGAGUUUAUUGCUCGGAGCGCAUUUCCAAAGCCAUUAAGAUACAAGGGACUGUAAUUGAAUGGUUAGGGAGGAUAUUAUUGGAGGAGAUCUUGUGGGUAUAUCCCGUCACUAUAAAGCCUGCUGGGUUUUGAAACGUCCAUGUGUCGUGUUAACAGUGAUGUUAUCAUGGUUGUUUUGCCAGCAGUGUCGAGGGGUAGGAGGAUCAUAAAAGAGCCAGGGGUAGGAAUCUCCCACUUGGAUAUUGUAUUGUUUUAUUUGUAGAGUAGGAAUUCCGUUGUGGGCAUCUGUAUAUCAUGUGAUAUGGGCCGACAGAGUUCAGUGAGCAUGUCAAAAUAUGACCACCGUUUGCUUUCUGCAAACAUUUAUUUGGAAUAUUUUGAUCAACUGUGUGUUUAUGUAAUUGUGGAGGCCAGGUCAUCUGAUGCAGCACUCCAUCACUCUCCUUCUUGGUAAAAUAGCCCUGACACAGCCUGGAGGUGUGUUGGGUCAUUGUCCUGUUGAGAAACAAAUGAUAGUCCCACUAAGCCCAUUUAGCUAUUUAAUUUAGAAUUUUAGGACCCCUUUAGGUAUAAAUAAAAAUGUACAAAAUAUAUUUGAUAAAAUAUUGAAAUUGGCCUUUACUACUAUAGCCUAUAGAAACGCAUUGAAUAACACAUUCAUAAAUGGCAAAAAAGACAGUCAAAAAUAAAUCAUAAUGAGUAAGGUUUUAUAUCUAGGAGAUAUAAGAAAGGAAAUAUAUAUACAGUGGGGAGAACAAGUAUUUGAUACACUGCCGAUUUUGCAGGUUUUCCUACUUACAAAGCAUGUAGAGGUCUGUAAUUUUUAUCAUAGGUACACUUCAACUGUGAGAGACAAAAUCUAAAACAAAAAUACAGAAAAUCACAUUGUAUGAUUUUUAAGUAAUUAAUUUUCAUUUUAUUGCAUGACAUAAGUAUUUGAUCACCUACCAACCAGUAAGAAUUCCGGCUCUCACAGGACUGUUAGUUUUUCUUUAAGAAGCCCUCCUGUUCUCUACUCAUUACCUGUAUUAACUGCACCUGUUUGAACUCGUUACCUGUAUAAAAGACACCUGUCCACACACUCAAUCAAACAGACUCCAACCUCUCCACAAUGGCCAAGACCGGAGAGCUGUGUAAGGACAUCAGGGAUAAAAUUGUAGACAUGCACAAGGCUGGGAUGGGCUACAGGAUAAUAGGCAAGCAGCUUGGUGAGAAGGCAACAACUGUUGGCGCAAUUAUUAGAAAAUGGAAGAAGUUCAAGAUGACGGUCAAUCACCCUCGGUCUGGGGCUCCAUGCAAGAUCUCACCUCGUGGGGCAUCAAUGAUCAUGAGGAAGGUGAGGGAUCAGCCCAGAACUACACGGCAGGACCUGGUCAAUGACCUGAAGAGAGCUGGGACCACAGUCUCAAAGAAAACCAUUAGUAACACACUACGCCGUCAUGGAUUAAAAUCCUGCAGCGCACGCAAGGUCCCCCUGCUCAAGCCAGUGCAUGUCCAGGCCCGUCUGAAGUUUGCCAAUGACCAUCUGGAUGAUCCAGAGGAGGAAUGGGAGAAGGUCAUGUGGUCUGAUGAGACAAAAAUAGAGCUUUUUGGUCUAAACUCCACUCGCUGUGUUUGGAGGAAGAAGAAGGAUGAGUACAACCCCAAGGACACCAUCCCAACUGUGAAGCAUGGAGGUGGAAACAUCAUUCUUUGGGGAUGCUUUUCUGCAAAGGUGACAGGACGACUGCACCGUAUUGAGGGGAGGAUGGAUGGGGCCAUGUAUCGCGAGAUCUUGGCCAACAACCUCCUUCCCUCAGUAAGAGCAUUGAAGAUGGGUCGUGGCUGGGUCUUCCAGCAUGACAAUGAUCCGAAACACACAGCCAGGGCAACUAAGGAGUGGCUCCGUAAGAAGCAUCUCAAGGUCCUGGAGUGGCCUAGCCAGUCUCCAGACCUGAACCCAAUAUAAAAUCUUUGGAGGGAGCUGAAAGUCCGUAUUGCCCAGUGACAGCCCCGAAACCUGAAGGAUCUGGAGAAGGUCUGUAUGGAGGAGUGGGCCAAAAUCCCUGCUGCAGUGUGUGCAAACCUGGUCAAGACCUACAGGAAACGUAUGAUCUCUGUAAUUGCAAACAAAGGUUUCUGUACCAAAUAUUAAGUUGAGACUCAGCCCAUGCAAAAAAAUAGAUAUCUCUAGCUUAAACUGAUUAAUUUAAAGGGGAUUUUUUUAUUUUGUUACUUAAAUUGACACACCGGUGCGUCAAUAGACUCUAGGGGGUUAGGAUCGGGGGUAUUGUUCUCUAUUCUUGCUCUUUCGUAGCUCAAUUAUACUAUUUUAUUAAGAUUGUCUAUGCCACAUUAUACAUUAUUGUUGUCAUGUUGCAAUUUCCUGAGGACUUUUUUUUCCAAUACUCCAUCAACUUUAAAGAGCCUUUACCUCCUUUAAAGCUAAAUAGCAAUGAUUGUUAACAUCAUCGUCACAACCACACUUUGUUUUCAUGUGCUAAUACGCCUGCCAGAAGACUCCAGUUCCAAAGACACAAGAUUUUUUAAUUGUCGGGCAAAGGAAGGGACUUGCUAAUGAUUUGACAGAUGUUCCCACUCUUGAGAAAUUAAAGGCUAAUCUACAAGACGUGUGUGUUUGAGCAUAUUAACAUAUACAGUGCCUAGUGAAAGUCUACACACACCUUGCACAGUCUUCACAUCUUGCAGCCUUAAAAUUAAGCAAAAAAACCUGGAUUAAAUUUGAUUUUUUUCCUCCCCUACUCCACAUUCCUCCCCUACUCCAGAAGUGAAAGAGAAAAUAUAGCAUUUUCUAAAUUACUUCUAAAAAUAAUUUUUCUUGAUUGUGUAUGUCUUCACAACCCAGAGUUAAUACUUAGUGGAAACACCUUUGGCAGGCAUUACAACUGUGAAUAAUUUUAAAUAAGAUUCUACCAACUUUGUACAACUCUUAGGGCAACAUUAUAUCCAUAGUUUUUUUGGGUUGGGGGUCAUUAAUGGACAACUAUAUUCAAACAUUGUCUCUGAUUUUUAUGCCGAUUUAGGUCAGGACCGAGACUGGACCAUUUAGGAACACUCAACACCUAUUGGAAAGCCAUUCUGGUGUGUCUUUGGUGUUAAUAUUUGUGUAAUUGUCCCGUUGAAAAUAAAACUAUCCCAAGGUUAGGUAUUCAGAAAUAAUAAUAAUAUAAUAUGCCAUUUAGCAGACGCUUUUAUCCAAAGCGACUUACAGUCAUGCGUGCAUACAUUUUUUUUGUGUAUGGGUGGUCCCGGGGAUCGAACCCACUACCUUGGCGUUACAAGCGCCGUGCUCUACCAGCUGAGCUACAGAGGACCACAUUAUGAGAAGAUGAGGCAGGGUUUCAUCCAAUGUUUUUUCUGGGUUUGAUCCUUUCAUGUUUCUUUUAAUCUUGACAAACUCCCCAGUCCCUGCCGGUGACAAGCAUACCCAUAAUAUGAUGCUGCCACCACAAUACUUAAAAAUACAGAGGAUUAACAAAAUUGCAUUCACUGCACAUUACUGGCCUGUAUGACAAAGUGAAAAGGAGAAAGUCUGUGUUUAAAAAUUCCACAAAAAAUCUUACAUUCUGUUUGCAACAAGGCAGUUAAGUAACACACAGCAAAUAAAUACACUUUUUGGCACUACACGGAGUGAAACCCUCUGUAUUUUCUAAUAUUGUGGCAGCAUCAUGUUAUGGCUGUGCUUGUCACAGGCAGGGACUUGGGAGUUUGUCAAGAUCAAAAUAAACAUGAAAGGAGCAAAGCCCAGGUAAAAGAUUAUAGGAAAACCUGCCUCAGUCUUCUGAAAACCUGACCCUAGAAUAUAGUUUUAUUUUUCAUCGGGACAAUUACACUGAUUUUCAUACUGAAGAAACACCAGAAUGGCUUCCCAAGAAGUGUCGAGUGGUCAUGAGUGGUUCAGUCUCAGGCCUGACUUACAGUGCAUUCAAAAAGUAUUCAUACCUGUUGACUUAUUCCACACUUUGUUGUGUUAUAGCCUGAAUUCAAAAUUGAUUAAAUAUAUACAGUACCAGUGUCACGCCCUGACUCAGGGGACUCUUAUAUGUUGAGUCAGGGUGUGAAUGUUCUAUGUUAGUAUUUCUAUGUUUCUAUCUAGUAUGUGUAGUUCUAUGUUUGGCCGGGUGUGUUUCCCAAUCAGAGGCAGCUGUCGCUCGUUGUCUCUGAUUGGGGAGCAUACUUAGGCAGCCUAUUGGCAAUUAGGGGUUGUGGGUUCUUGUUCCGUGUUUAGGCUAGUUUUGUGUUCAGCCUUUGGACUUCACGUUUCGUUUAGUUUGGGUUGUUGUUUUGUCAUGUGUUUAUCAGUUUAAUAAACAUGUAUUCAUAUCACGCUGCGCCUUGGUCUGACCCGUCCUUAAACGAACGUGACAGAAGAUCCCACCAAACACGGACCAAGCAGCGUGCCCAGGAGCAGACAGCCUAGACAUGGGAGGAGAUCCUGGACGGAAAGGGAUCCUGGACAUGGGAGGAGAUUCAGGCUGGGAUGGAUCGCCGUCCUUGGGAGGAGACAGUGGAGGCCCGGUAUAAAGAGGAGCAACGGCAACGCAGAAGUAGCCGGCCGAGGAGGAAGCCCGAAAAGCAGCCCCAAUAACAUUUUUUUGGGGGGCUAAAGGGGUGGUCGGGGAGCGAGAGAGAAGAGCCCCGACCACUGCACCCGGUGGGUUUCCAGAUGAAUUCCCUAUGACCAUGGGAAGAAGAGUGGGAACAGUUUUAUACUGAGGAGUCGGAGGAUGACGACGAUGAUGAGUUUCUGUUCCCUAACUCGUGGGGGCUCCCGGAGGAGUCCUCACUGGAGGAGGAGUGCCGAGAGAGAGAGAAGGAUCGGAUCGGCAGGGUAAGAGAGGAGGCCACCAUAUUACGGGGGCUGAUAGCUAGAAUAGAGCGGGAGAGAUCCAGUCAAGAGGAGGCACUGCAGGAGGCUCGUAGGGAAAAGGAGGAAGUAGAGGCACGGAGAGAGGAGCUAGUUAGGCAGCAUAAGGAGCGGGGGUUAAUAAAGGAACCCAGUCCUGCUCCUCGCACCAAGCCAGUGGUGCGUGUUCCCAGUCCGGCCUGGCCCGUACCUGCUCCUCGCACCAAGCCAGUGGUGCGUGUUCCCAGUCCGGCCCGGCCUGUGCCUGCUCCUCGCACCAAGCCAGUGGUGCGUGUCGCCAGUCCAGCCCGGCCCGUUCCUGCUCCUCGCACCAAACCAGUGGUGCAUGUUCCCAGUCCGGCCCGGCCUGUUCCUGCUCCUCGCACCAAGCCAGUGGUGCGUGUCGCCAGUACGGCCCGGCCCGUACUGUCACGCCCUGACUCAGGGGACUCUUAUAUGUUGAGGCAGUGUGUGAAUGUUCUGUGUUAGUAUUUCUAUGUUUCUAUCUAGUAUGUGUAGUUCUAUGUUUGGCCGGGUGUGUUUCCCAAUCAGAGGCAGCUGUGGCUCGUUGUCUCUGAUUGGGGAGCAUACUUAGGCAGCCUAUUGGCAAUUAGGGGUUGUGAGAUCUUGUUCCGUGUUUAGGCUAGUGUUGUGUUCAGCCUUUGGACUUCACGUUUGGUUUGGUUUGUUGUUUUGUCGUGUGUUUAUCAGUUUAAUAAACAUGUAUGCAUAUCACGCUGCGCCUUGGUCUGACCCGUCCUUAAACGAACGUGACAACCAGUCAAAAGUCUGGACACACCUAAGGGUUUUUCUUAAUUUGUACUCUUUUUUACAUUGUAGAAUAAUAGUGAAGGCAUCAAAACUCUGAAAUAACACAUAUGAAAGUAGUACCAAAAAAGUGUUCAACAAAUCAAAAAAUAUUUUAAAUUUGAGAUUCUUCAAAUAGCCACCCUUUGCCUUGAUGACAGCUUUGCACAUUCUUGUCAUUCUCUCAACCAGCUUCACCUGGAAUGCGUUUCCAACAGUCUUGAAGGAGUUCCCACAUAUGCUGAGCACUUGUUGGCUGCUUUUUCUCCACCAUCCAACUCAUCCUAAACCAUCUCAAUUGGGUUGAGGUCGGGGGAUUGUGGAGGCCAGGUCAUCUGAUGCAGCACUCCAUCACUCUCCUUCUUGGUAAAAUAGCCCUGACACAGCCUGUAGGUGUGUUGGGUCAUUGUCCUGUUGAGAAACAAAUGAUAGUCCCAGUAAGCCCAAACCAGAUGGGAUGUUUUAUUGCUGCAGAAUGCUGUGGUAGCCAUGCUGGUUAAGUAUGCCUUGAAUUCUAAAUAAAUCACAGACAGUCUCACCAGCAAAGCACCCCCACACCAUAACACCUCCUCCUCCAUGCUUUACAGUGGGAACUACACAAGCAGAGAUUAUCCGUUCACCCACACCGCGUCUCACAAAGACACGGCGGUUGGAACCAAAAAUCUCAAAUUUGGACUCCAGACCAAAGGACAAAUUUCCACCAGUCUAAUGUCCAUUGCUCGUGUUUCUUGGCCCAAGCAGGUCUCUUAUUAUUAUUGGUGUCCUUUAGUAGUGGUUUCUUUGCAGCAAUUCGACCAUGAAGGCCUGAUUCACACGGUCCUCUCUGAACAGUUGAUGUUGAGAUGUGUCUGUUACUUGAACUCUGUGAAGCAUUUAUUUGGGCUGCAAUUUCUGAGGCUGGUAACUCUAAUGCACUUAUCCUCUGCAGCAGAGGUAACUCUGGGUCUUCCAUUCCUGUGGUGGUCCUCAUGAGAGCCAGUUUCAUCAUAGCGCUUGAUGGUUUUUGCGACUGCACUUGAAGAAACUUUCAAAGUUCUUGAAAUGUUCCAUAUUGACUGACCUUCAUGUCUUAAAGUAAUGACGGACUGUCGUUUCUCUUUGCUUAUUUGAGCUGUUCUUGCCAUAAUAUGGACUUGGUCUUUUACCAAAUAGGGCUAUCUUCUGUAUACCCCCUACCUUGUCAUAACACAACUGAUUGGCUCAAACGCAUUAAGAAGGAAAUACAUUCCACAAAUUAACUUUUAAGAAGGCACACCUGUUAAUUGAAAAUUCAUUCCAGGUGACUACCUCAUAUAGCUGGUUGAGAGAAUGCCAAGAGUGUGCAAAGCUGUCAACAAGGCAAAGGGUGGCUAUUUGAAGAAUCUCAAAUUUAAAAUAUAUUUUGAUUUGUUUAACACUUUUUUGGUUACUACAUGAUUCCAUAUGUGUUAUUUCAUAGUUUUGAUAUGUUCACUAUUAUUCUACAAUGUAAAACAUUGUAAAAAUAAAGAAAAACCCUUGAAUGAGUAGGUGUGUCCAAACUUUUGACUGGUAGCGUAUUUUUCUCACCCAUCUACACACUAUACCCCAUAAUGGAAAAGUUAAAUAAUGUUUUUAGAAUUUUUAGCAAAAUUAUUGAAAAUGAAAUACAUACAUAUCUCAUUUACAUAAGUAUUCACACAUUUACAUGUUAGAAUCCCCUUUGGCAUCAGUUACAGCUGUGAGUCUUUCUGGGUAAAUCUCUAAGAGCUUUGCACACCUGGAUUGUACAAUAUUUGCACAUUGUUCUUAAAAGUAUUCUUCAAGCUCUGUCAAGUUGGUUGUUGAUCAUUGCUAGACAGCCAUUUUCAAGUCUUGCCAUAUAUUUUCAAGCCUAUCUAAGUCAAAACUGUAACUAGGCCACUCAGGAACAUUCAAUGUCAUCUUUGUAAGCAACUCCAGUCUAUAUUUGGCCUUGUGUUUUAGGUUAUUGUCCUGAAUUUUUCUCAAAGUGUCUGUUUGAAAACAGACUGAACCAGGUUUUCCUCUAGGAUUUUUAUUGACUCAAGGCUUUUCAUUUUGAAUUAAUUUGUAAACAAUUCUAAAAACAUAAUUCCACUUUUACAUUAUGGGGUAUUGUGUGUAGGCCAGUGACACAAAAUCUUUUUUUAAUAAUCCAUUUUAAAUUCAGGCUGUAAUGAAGCAAAAUGUUGAAAAAGUCAAGGGGUGCGACUACAUUCUGAUGCACUGUAAAUCUGCUUAAAAAUCAGAGACAAUGUUUGAAUCUUGCUGUGCAUCAAUGAUUUCCAAACAGAUUUACUGAGCUUGAGCAAUUUUGACAAAAAUAACGGAUCAUACUUGCCCAAAGAGUUGUGCAAAGUUGGUAGAAUCUUAUUCAAAAUUAUUCACAGCUGUAAUGGCUGCCGAAGCUCCUUCCAUUAAGUAUUAACUCUGGGGUGUGAAGACAUACGCAAACAUUUUCCAUAAUUUUUUGACUUUGAAAAUGUGGACUAGGUGGUGUAGAUCAGAAGGAAACAAAUCUAAUUGAUUCCCUUUUUAGAUUGAAGUUAAAGGCAGCAAAAUGUGAAAACUUAGCAAGUAGUGUGUAGACUUUCAGUAGCGACUGUAUGUCCUCUUGUGUGUUGGAUUUAGCCUUCCACAAGGGAAUUUCACAAAGGACAAUACAGUCUUCCAGGACAAUCAUACGCAAUCCUCUCUCCUUGAGAAACAUCUCCCUAGAAUUCUUGAAACAAUGUAGAAGUGUAAUUGUACAUAUUCAUAACUUAAUGACACAGUUAGCUCCAUUGAAUCUUCAAAAGGGCAAUCCUGUUCAAGUUUUUUAUUGAUCUUUUGAACCCCAUAGUAUUACUGGACAUGCAUUGCUUGGGGUUAUGAACCAUUUAAACCAUUAGUCAGCACAAUCUUUACUCAGGGCAAGAGGGCAGCAACGUAUAUCUUUAUUUGUGUUUCCUACAGAAUCUGGUGUCUGCAGUAUUCAAGCAUUUAUCAUAUGGGGGUUAUUCCAGUAUAGGAAUCACAGAAAUGGUACAGACACAACAAACAGAUUGACUUAGAAGUUUGUUAUGUAAAUGUAAUAUAAAUGGUAACCUACACCACAUGCAGAGUUUAGCCUUAUUCCAGCUCAUCAAAUCAAAGUGGUCGCGUACACCGAUUUGCAGAUGUUAUCGCAGGUGCAGUGAAAUGCUUAUGUUUCUAGCCAUACAAAAUAAUACACACAUAAUCCAAAAAGUUAAAAAGAAAGAAAUUGACAAAUAUCAGAACGAGCAAUGUCAGAGUCUGGAAUAUACAGUUCAUUCCCUUGACUUUUUCAGCCUUAUUACAGCUUUAAUAAAUAAAUAAAUUAAAUAAAAACAUUUCCUCAUCAGUCUACACACAAUACCCCAUAAUGACAAUACAAAAUGUGGAAAAAGUCGAGAGGUCUGAAUAAUUUCGGAAUGCACUGUAUAUAUAUAUACAGUAUGUUGUAUGAUGGUGUGUAUAGACAGUAUGGACAGUAUAUGAAUUGAAAAGCUGUGUACAGCAGUAGUUAUAUAGGAUGAGCCAUGACUAGAACACAGUAUAUACAUAUACACUGGGAAAAACAGUAUGUAAACAUAAUUAAAGUGACUAGUGUUGAAUGACUCUAUGUACAUAGGGCAGCAGUCUCUAAGGUGCAGGGUAGAGUUCCGGGUGGUAGCCGGUUGGUAACAGUGACUAAGGUUCUGGGCAGGGUACUGGACGGAGGCCGGCUAGUGGUGACUGUUUAACAGUCUGAUGGCCUGGAGAUAGAAGCUGUUCAUCAGUUUCAGUCCCAGCUUUGAUGCACCUGAACUGUCUUCCCCUUUUCAGUUGUGUUUCGCUGCGCUAAGCUAACUGCUAGACUCCGGACCUGGGCUUUUCUUUCAUUAGGUUUUUGUAUUUCAUGCUCUCAGGAGCAGAACCAAUUCAGUCAGUGUAUCCUUUUGCUCUGUUGCUCAUUAGCCCAAUAGGAAAAUUAAAAGGCUCACACUAGUUCCAUAACAUAAUUAAAGGGAUGCUUGGGUAACAGCUUUUUGUUCAUUCAUUGUCUCACUGAAGAACUGCAUCGGCACCCUUACUGGCCACACACAAAAGUUCUCUGUUUUUCCAAUAUGUUUUCUGUGCCUUUGGUACUAUAUGGACACUUUCAAUAGAACAAUCAGUGACGAUAGCAAUAUGUGGAGGACUGGGGUUUCUUUUGGGUUGCCGGUGAAUUUCAAAUAAUAUCAAAUAAUAAAUAUGGCGGCGUUGUGGGAAAUUGAAUAGAACACCCACAAUCCCUUUGGAAAAGUCCACAUGAUAAUAUGGAUAGCUAGUUGGGUGGAAGAAAUCCUUGGAGAUGUGGGCAUGGUUUAAAUUAAAUGUACAUUAAACCUCUUGUUUACUCAGUUUUUACACCUAGUUUCAUAAAUUAUAUCUUGACGUAUGAACUCAUUAUGUUUUCCCUAUGCAUAUUUUACCAUAAAACAAACAACUUCAUGCAGUAAUGUUGUGCCUUGCCAACAAAACACUGGCUAAUUGAGCCUCUCUCUGUCUAUUCUACUUUUUUCAGCUUGAUUAAUUCAAAGAAUGCGUGCAAACACACAGCACCAUAAUCACUCUGCUUUUCAGUGUGAUGUGUGCUCACACACAGAAAACAUCAUUUUGCAUGCUUCUUUGAUAUAUGGAAGUAAAUGCAUGCACACACACACACACACACACACAUUUUAAUUCUUACAUUCAAGCACCCUGGUCAAACAAAAGUGGCUGUCACACAUCUCUCUAUGUCUAACGGGUGAUCUAAUUACCGGCUGGCUUUCUUUCUUUACAGAAGUGUUCCAGCUCACCCUGCCCGAUGACCAGAAAUUGAUUAUCACCACGGUAACCGUUGGCCAGAGUGCCAUCUUGACUUGCGCAAUCACGGGGGACCAGAGACCUCCCAUCAUCUGGAAACGCAACAAUCAGGUUCUCAACUCGCUGGAUUUGGAGGACAUAAAUGUAAGUACUGCCUGCAGCCCCACCUGAAAUACAACUGAACUUCUAGCUUUGUAAGACACACGCAUGCACACACACAUACAUGCUCUCUUUAACCUGGACAAAUCAAAAGGUUGACCUAUAGCUUUUGAACAACAUUUUGGGUUUGACAGUUAUUCACAAUGUCAGAUAUUCAGUCUGCUGUGAGGGUUACCAUAGGGGUUCAGCUCCGAUGGGGAAGCACCUAUUUUUACUUCCCGCUGAGCGUGUCAUUGUCUCUGACAUUGUCUGUGUGCUGUAUCUGUUGGUAGCCCCCGACAACCAUCAUGUCGCUUUCAUCCUUCUUCAAAGACAGGACACUGAAAGACUGGAGGUGCAGUGAGUCACCAGGCAACACUGCCCACUCUCUACAUUCUCCCCCUUCAGGGUUGGCCAAGCUAUAGCUGACUCGACCGUGCAUAAUUGAGUCAACACUGUCGCAUUAGAUAAAGGAGGUCCAGCGAUGCCGCCAAUGUAACAUUAAAUGUUGAUGACCCUUAAAACUGUGCGAGGAGGUGCACAGCUGCCGCCAGUCAUCGCCGAGCACCAUCAUCUCUGGAAUUGGAUUUCUGUCCCCACUGUUUCCAAGCGCUUCGGCUGCUUAUGAUCCUCCAUUUACAUGAAGAUGGGAAUCUUCUUCUUUCUUGGCCCCAUCCAUCGCCUACUCUCCAAGGUGCUUGAUGACUUGCAUGUGAAAGCAGGCACACUGCCAUUUACCCCCCCAGUCCCCUCUAUAAUAAAUUAUUAAUAAUUCUGUACGGCACGCUGACUUGGGAAUGCAUCAAAACCAGCCUAUGCCAAGUUGGAUGAAAGUGAGUGAGCUAGAUUGAACUCUUGGGUAAAGUAAGGGCCUUGUCAGGUCAAGUUAGGUCGACGUUGAUGUUAUUCGGCUCCUGUAUAUGGUAGAUAUUUCCUAGGACUGUUUUACUUUACUCGCUCCAUGUGUUCCUUGGGUAGCAUCGAGCAACCGCUGAAGACAUCCAAUGGAGUUCAGAGGCUUUGCAACCUGAAGGGGGGUCUUUGUUUCCUCCUCUUCACAUAGAAGCACUUAUUUCCCUGUUGAAUUGAAGAAGACAUGUUUUAUUGUUAGCGUCGACAUACAGUUAGUUGAUGUCAACUCUUAUUGUACUAACUGGUUCCUAAUCCGAUGUGCUGUGAUGCAGUAGAAAACCAACCUUACACGGUGUUGCAGUGUUACGGACUGUAACAGCUCAAUUGAAUUGGACACUACACUGUAUUGUAUGCGCACUAUUUAAAUUCAGUCACAGGCAAAUGAAGUCAAGUUGGGAUACCUUCAUUCUGUUGUGUUAGCAUCAAUGUCCAUGCCAUUCAGGUUAACUGUAUUCUGCCCACGGCUUCAUCAGUGUGAGCUCAACUUUGAUCCCGGUGUCUGUCAGCGUCGGAUUUAUUUUCCUGCAGUCGUCUAAAAUUGCCCUCGUACACGACCUUGGGCAGAUGAUUUCUGCAGAUGGCCUACUGAUAUGAACUGUUAACAGUUAACCACUGUUGUGGUCCUCUGUAGCUCAAUUGGUAGAGCAUGGUGCUUGUAACGCCAGGGUAGUGGGUUCGACCCCGGGACCACCCAUACGUAAAAGCGUCUGCUAAAUGGCAUAUUAUUGUUAUUAUGAACAGCCCACCAGCCAUGUUUUUUCUAAACAUAAAAAUGUGUGUACCAAGCGUUUUAUUACUAACUAGACUAAGCAAAAUACCAAGCGAAAUACUAAUGGAACAUCAGCAAAAACCCAAAACCGGCUUACCCUAGAUUAUUUAUUGCACUUAGUCUUGCAGCUAAGCGCCAACAGAGUUUUUCAUAGCAAAACAAGUGGAUUUAUAUGCACCUGGUGUUCACCAACCUCCUCUGUGAACGCCAUUUACCCAAUUUCACCAAGGUUCUGGCAUAAUUGUGCCUUUUAAUAUGCCAAGGCCUGAACUGCCAACACUAAUUACAGUUCUAUUUCGGUGAAUGGAUUUCUAGGAUUUAUACUGUCUAAUUUAACAGACCACUUCCCUUAAGAAUGGAUGUUAUUUCAAAAACAAUCUGUCAACAGUCCGACUCAGUUAAUCCCACAUUAAUCCUAAUGGUGUGCUCUUAUUAUGGAGUUCAAUAGAGCCGGUCUCCAUUUUGACAAAGCAGCUUACUCUAAUCCAUGAAUAUGACAGUUGCUGGGCAUUGCAUCAUCAUCCUCAGCUAUUAGCUGGUAUUAGGAUGCUCCAGACAGGAGAAGGCUGAAGCAUGAUAAAGGCUGCAAGGAUGAGUGCACUGCUUGGGAAAGUAUCUACAUGGAGUCUUGUGCGGUGUCUAGACCCGUCCGGCGUAGAAGCUUAAGGAAUUAAUGUGGAAUUGUAAUAGAGGAGACAGUCUGUCUCGGUGCUGUCCUUAUCUUGAGAGUCUUGGUUCGCCCUGACCAAGGGUAUUAUGGGUAUUGUGGUUUAUCUCCCAAUGUUCAGGGGCCUAUAGUACUGAUUGGGGUAUAACAGCUAACAUAUUAAUCUCUAUAGGCAUACUUCACACUGCAUGUAUAUGUUGAACUAUAAGACCUAUGGACCUCUCUCUAUUCAAUAUACUGCCUCUGUAAAUACUCCAAUUCAUAUCCAUUGUCUGAUACACAAAAUGCAUGAAUAAAUGUAGCUGUAUAAUGAGUAGUGUAACAUGGUGGAAAGCCUGACAACUUUUUAUGUCGUGUCAUGUCUUCCUUCAAUGUUAACCUUCACUCAACCCUUCCUUUUAACUAACAUCCAAAUAUUUCAAUUGUGUUCUUUCUCCCCAGCAGAUCCCAACACAGGUAGGUUUUAUCGGAACUGACAUCACCACAGAAGUGUGUACUAUGUCAUCCACAAUAAAAAGCCCACAAAGCUAAUGCAUUCUGACAUUUCUCUGUCCCGGAUACAUUCGACCUUGACAUCAUAUUGAGGAAGUCGGCUUGUACAGCUGGCCUCACGUCCUGCCCUGUAUUAGGGUCAAGAUGCCAAUGAGAUGGUUCCUUGGUGCUCUUUAAGAGGUCAGCUGAUCAUGCAAAGGGUUGCUAAGAGAGAGCACGGCAGCCAUUUUUUCUAUCAGGAUGGCCUGUAAAUACGAUUCCUUCUGCUCUUUUCGCUCCUCUGUCUCACCGUCUCACCUUCCCUCAGAUAUGUCUGAGGGGUGGAGGGGAAGGUGGGGUGGUGGAAGGGAGCGGGGUCGAUUGCCUCCAGUGCCUCUAGUUCCACCCCUCCGAGUUUCAUUUCUCCCCCCAUUCAUUUUUCAUUUAAAAGGGUGACAAUAUGCUCUCCGCAGAGGGGCCAAAACACGCCAUCAAUUCCCUUUACACAGCGACGGUAUGAUGAUCCGGUACAGCCUGAGCCUCACAAUCCCACACCUGAUCGCUGUUUAUUUGGUCAUAGAGGCUGUACCUGCCAUACAUUGCGACCCAUGCCUAUCCUUUAUAGCUGUCUUGCAGGUGUAUGUAUGGGACGACAUGUGCUGACUCUGAGACCUGAACAAUGGCAUCAGACAUGAUCGGAAUUCUAAUUGAAUUAUGACAAGAAACACAGAUUUGCUUUCUUUCUUCAGGUCUGUCUGUGUUUUCAGCAAGGAAAGCUGCCUAAUCAAAUUAGAAUUAAUAGAUUUUAAUCAACUAACUGAAGUAAGAAAUACUCCCAGGAGAAAUAGUAAAUUACCUCGGAAAGUAUGAAUCUUGAUAGGUGUUAAAUGAGGAAGUGAAUUUAAGUUAUUUCCAGAUGGUUGCAUUACUUCAAUACAGUGUAUGGAUUCAUUAGCUUUGGGGCUUAUUUCAAUGUACUGUAACAGCUGUAUUCUUAAUGUAUUUUUUCGUCUUUUUGUAUUUUUCUUCUUACUCAGCACCUAUUUGUGUUCACCACCAGCUUGAUCAUGACAGCAUACAUUCAAUUGGUUUCAGUUGUUCGUCAUGACUUUGGUAGCCUCACAGAUUGGCUUGUCAUUUGAAGUUGCGCAGUGAAACUGUUGUAUUUGUGUUGCAUAGGCGUACAUUUUGUUUUUACAUCCUCUCAUUUAGCUCUUUUCAGUGAUUACUCAAAAUGGCAUUUUCAAUUGAUUAUGCUGAACAUUAAGAACAUUAGUUUGCAUUGACUUGGCGCGCUCUGAUAUUUCUUAAUGUCUUGUUUUUUUCUUGUUUUUCUUUUGCUGUUUUACAAAAGUUCCAAUAACACACUGAUUUUCUCUGCUGCAAGCCCCAUUGCCAUAUUGCCUGAACACAUUGUGCACAUUCACAAAACAUUUUCAUUUUCAGAUCCGAACACACAAUAUCAUUCAUACUGAGGUGAAUUCGAUUUUGAACUCAUUGGUUUUUGUCCUACACAUUCAUUGUGACGUCCCUCUUUCUUCUUCUGCAGGAUUUUGGAGAUGACGGCUCAUUGUACAUCACCAAGGUGACAACCACCCAUAUGGGGAACUACAGCUGCCAUGCUGACGGGUUCGAGCAGCUCUCACAGACGCACACGCUCCAGGUGAACGGUAAGCAGCCGCCUCUGCUCGGCGGGAACAGAAUGGUCGCUCUUACACUUCCUUCCGUCACAGCCAAACGCCUAUCCACGCCAAAUGCUGCUAAAUCACACCUAAGGGUGCACCUUGAUACUUUGACAUGCCACCAUUGAUACAGAGACAUGUGAGGUGAAAUGAAAUGCUUACAGGACUGUCAAGUUUUCUUUUUUUUCUAAAUACGCUGAAACUGGGAAUACAAUAUGAGCUUGUUGAGAGUGUUGUUUUGAUCGAUAAUUCUGUCAGAGGGAUCAAAUCACUUUCCUUUCUUUCAGGAUUAUCACUCGGUCAGAUUUAGCUAAUCAAAUAGCCCAUUAGUUGUGAGAAAAAGCUUUCAAGUGCUAGAUUUGAAUUGAAUUGCUUUGUAAUUGGAAAGGAGACCAUGUCUUGUCAAUGCCAUUUUUAUAUUAGAGACAUGAAUUGAGGCACACAGGAAAAGAUAGUGCUUGCUGCUGUCUUAAAACACUCACUGCUGCCGAAUUUGUGACAGAAUGAAAAUCGUUUGAAACAGACAGUUUCCAUUAACGAUGACCUAAAAGCACACACAGUACCACUCAACGUGUAGUUAAUGAUAAUGUAUCACUUUAAUUGGUUGAAAAACAAAUUGGCUGGCCUGGGGAAAGGCUGCCUGGCAAAUUAUUUUGGAAAUGGAUGGGGCAAAAAAAUAUAAUUAUGUUGACACAAGUUCAUCUUUGUACUAUCAGCCAUCGGGGUUCACUGAUGGCCUUUCACUCAAUUAUGCAUCAAAACAUUGAAAAAACACACAUCAGAAUUGUCAGGGGAUAAUGUUCACCUUUCUCUGGAAAUACGGUUCAGGGUUCGGUCUAAAAAUACCCUCCUUUGAUAACCACUGCAGUAUAUUAUAUAGAAAUGUGUAAGGGCAUAAGGAUAUGACGUGUUAAAAAACUGUAAGCAAUGCGUUUAAUUAUGGUCAAAUGCUUAUGAUCCAUAGCUGCUUGAGUAAUGCAAAACAACUGCUUACAGCCAGAUGACUCAAUAAAAUCUCCUCUCUACAGGGUUUCCACAUGUUAUUACAUGUGUAUUACAUUGAUUAGUAUCACAUGAUUUUUAGACAAGUUAAUCAGCACUGAGCAAUUGCGGUGCCAAUUUGUGAAAUAAGCCACAUGAGCAUUACUCUUGUGUCCGGGGCUGUUAAUGGUCUAACUUGGUGAAUGUAUACGUAUUCACGUAAAUCGUAGUCCCUCGAUUUCAUAAAGUUGGCUUUCACAGUCGUGGUCCUCAUUGGCUGUAGGGAUGUGGGGCAUCCGUGUAUGUUUCCCUCUCUCUGGUGUUUGGAACCCUCCAUGGGUGGCCCAGAGCUAGCUGUGAGAAUAGGCAGGCAGAAAUACUAAUCACUACUCAGAGAUGAGCAUGGGCCAAGGAAAAAGUGUUUUUUCAUGGUGGGGGGCCAGAACACUCAGAGGGCCCCUAUAAUGGGGCUUGCCUUGGUUGUGAUGCUUGAGAUGCAACAAAGAGAGAGGGCAGGGGACUCAAAGGGGCUACGAGUCAAUUUGGUGAAAAGUUGAAAGUCUGAAACCACCCUCGAUUGUAUUGGCAAGGCUGUCCCCUGAAGGACUGUGUGUGUGCCUGUGUAUGCGGGCAUGUCUGUAUGUGUGCGUGCAUGCCUGUGUGUGUGUGUGUCUAUGUGUGUGUGUAUGUGUGAUACACACCUCCUUUGCCACCAGUGCUGAAGGGAGACUUGCUGUGUGAUUGACGGCAGGCUGGGGAGUUUUAUGAUGGAGCUGUCAACCCUGCUGUGUCCCAUCCUCCUAUCACUACGUCUCUUGACACUCCUAGGAAGACAUCAGGCUACAACACGUCUCCAAUUCUGUCGGAAUCUAGUUUUGAGUGUAAAAACCACUAUGACAAUAUUUCACUUUGUGCCUGUCCGGAGCUAAAGGAAAUGGUGAUUCGAACAGAAACAAGAAGUCUGUUUGCAGAUGCUUGCACAGCAGAAAGAUUGAGGAAUUUUUGGGAGGGAGGGAGGGAGGGAGGGAGGGAGGGAGGGAGGGAGGGAGGGAGGGAGGGAGGGAGGGAGCACCAAAGCACUUACAUUAAAAAUAAGAAGUGUUUAGAGAAAUAUUUUGUUUUUAUUCUAGGUUAAUAAGACCUUAUACAAGGUGUGCUGGCUGUAGUAUAUCAAUUGGAAGUGGAAACGUGGAGUUUAAAGGCCUUCGCUAUGUAAAGACGGCACGACCUCAAAAAUUGUCACCUAAUGACAUGGUAUCGAUGUAACCGGUGGGAAUCCGCUACAUAUUGUUUUUUAAUUAUGUUUGAUAUAAAGAGUCAAACAACAUUUUCAACUAUACAUUUAAUGGAUUUUAACAGUGUUAGUUCUGUCAGCUGGCUACAUGUAUCUUACACCUGCCAUGUCUCGUUCCGGUUGGCAUUCCGGUUGGCAUGUUUGGCAUUCCUGGGUGGCAUUCCUUCAAGCUGAGGCAGGUGGAACGUACCAGGUUCUAGGAACCAGAAUGCUACUGGGAGCAGAUGGCCAUGGCACCAAAUCACUCUCUAGUCUCACACUCACCUGGCUGGCCAAAGGCUUCCGCUCCCUAAUCAAGCCCACAGGAAAUAGUCUCUGCAGCCAGGGGCACUCCUCUUCUCUCUCCUAUGCCAGCCUACCAGGGUAGCAGGGUGGCAAUCUUUUCUGAAGCCUUGGUGUUACUGCUCUUUACAAGUCAAUUUUAAUCGUCAACAGUCUAUUGAUGCACCUGUGCAUAACAUAAUAAAAACAUCCACAUCAAAAUCUGUCAGUUUAAGCUAGAUAUAUGGGCUGCAUGGGCAUCCUCCUUUGGCGGCCUUCCGCAUCUGCGGAGGAAGGUGGUUGAGCUACAGCGGUGUUUGUCAGACCAUGAGACAUCCCGAAAAUCGGUCUUCUUACGAAAACGUCUGUAGCGUCCAAACGGUUUGGCCUACAAACAGACACCGUAUGAAUUUUUUUUUUACUGUCUUUUUUGCCAUUUAUGAAUGUGUUAUUCAAUGCGUUUCUAUGGGCUAUAGUAAUAAAGACCAAAUUCAAUAUUUUUUCAGAUAUUAUUAUGUAACUUUUUUAUACCUAAAGGGGUCCUAAAAUGUUAAAUCAAAUAGCUAAAUGAUCCAUGGAAUGACCAUCUUAAAUAAUUCCGUAUGUUAGCUUAGGCUUUUAGAGGUUAAAUGGUAUUACUGGUAUUUUUUUAACCUCUAUUUUAAAGUGGGUAAAUAGGCCAUAGAUUUGGGGUACAUUUGCUGUGACCCAAAUGUCAAUGACAGGAUAGCAUGUUGGAGUGGUCUGAUGUUCCCAAUAUACCUCUAUCAGGUCAUUACUCUUAAAUUCAACAGAGAAAGUGAAGUACAGAGAAGCAUACUGUCACAAACUGCCAUAUUGCCUUUGUUUACAAUGAUUCCUCCACAUUAAAAGUACAGCAAUAUUGGAGGUGCACUUGAUGAGUCAAUAGUGCAUUGACACACAUUGAUUAAAUUAAACCUUUGUAACUAAUUUUUCAAUAAUUAAAAUAUUUGUUUAGCUCUCUUUGACCUUUGUCAUAAUACUUGAAUUAUCAAUUAAUAGAAUGUGCUAUCCAUUCUAAGGAUUAUUCAAAUAUAUUAUUUAAAUUUUACACUUAUAUUAACAAAUAUGCUAACAAGUCAUAGGGUCCCUGCAUAAUAACUAUGUCACACCUUCAUAAGCAAUGCAUAAAAAUUACUCUUGUCAAAAACUGCAGGUUAACCUAUGGAAUUAUGUGUCUAUUGCUUAUAAAUGUCUGGACAUUCAGUAUAGUACAUUGCUUAUAAAUCUGUUAUAUACGAACACAUCUUAAGUAAAGUUGUUAGACAAAAGUCGUUUUUUUUUGUGUCUCUUCUUGCAGCUCCUUUCCCCCUCAUCCCCUUGCCUGACAAAAGAUUGCACAAAAUCAAUGGUCGCCCAACAAAAUCAAUGGCCAGCCCCACCGAGGUUCUCUCCCUUAUUUAUCAAGCUGAUUUGUUUGGUUUGCGCGGAUCUCGCCGAGCACACCAAUGUUCUAAUGGCAUUCAGCGUAUGCUGGAAAUGCACUUGAUCCUAUUGAUGGUAUGCUACUGCAGAGUGAGAAGUGAAAUGGACUUGGCAGACACUCUAAAAGAAAACGUAUCAUCCAAUAAGGCUGCCUCAUUCCUCAAAAGCCCUUUCCCUUUCAACAAAGUGUGUGGACCUACAUUCAUCUUCUCUUCCUUCUUCCCACAAUGCAGUUCCUCCCGUCAUCCGGGUCUACCCAGAGAGCCAGGCCCGGGAGCCAGGGGUGACGGCCAGUCUCCGUUGCCAUGCUGAGGGUAUCCCCAACCCACAACUGGCAUGGCUGAAGAAUGGCAUGGACAUCGCUACCAAGCUGUCCAAACAGCUCACCCUGCAAGGUGGGUUCCAUCUAGUCGCUGGGGGGGAAUAGGGUUAGAAAUCGAAUCUAGCAACGCUGGCAUACAUCUGGGUCAUGUUCAGUAGGGUACACCGAAGCGAAACGUUUUGCAACCAAAAUGGAAAAUAUGUGUUCUUAUUGGACAGGUUAAGCUAGUACCUCCCUGUUUCGCUCCAUUUAAAAACAUUUUAUUCUAGUGUCAAAAUUGACUACAAAGUGUACAUUUGGAAAUUGUGGUUAUAAAGUCAGUGUCGUCUAUAACGGAGUUUGGAACAUUUGUGCGUCAUAAUGAAGGUUGGGUUUUGAUAAGACAAUGUCCAUUUGCCCACUAACAUGGGGUGAACAGCUGCGGUGAUUGCUCUCUAUCCAAUAGCAUAGACAGUGACACAGGCCUGCCUAGCAGCUCCGACAUUGUUUACAUACGACAACACAUCACACAUUUUUGUACUUGAGAAAUACUGCACCAAACACCUUAGUUAGAUGUAAAAUUGCACAACUAAAACAUCUUCAGCAAAAAUGUCAAAAUUAAUUACACAUUUCUUGAGUUAUCUUAGAUUCAUUCUGGAGAUUUUAAGGAAGUGAAAUAGGCUUCUGCGUUUACAGUGUCUCAUGGGGGACAAACAUCAUUAACCAAACAUGGAAUCGGUCAGGAAACACUCCUCCAAGACUGAAAUAUCGUUUUUCUUAUGAGCAACAGAAAAACAAUCGACGUGUUCAGUGGCUCUUCUUAGUGCUUUCUUCUGCAUGGAUGACUGGUCCAAUGUUAAACCCCUAAAUCCGUUCUUAGGGGUGUGACACCAAAAUCAUUCCCCAGAUGAGCAGACACCCUACCGUUAGCGACAACUACAUCAACACAAUACACAAUGACUCCCACUGCAUGGGACAACUUUGCAAGGUCUCCCAUUUUGACUUCUUCCAAUCCUGUUAAGACCCCUCACUCUCCCGUCUCCUAUCCUAUUAGUCUCAGUUAUGUAAUGGGAUGACCUUGAUCAAAAUAGGCAAACAUCUCUGAAAGUGGCACUGGCAACACACAAAUUGUAUUUUAUCUGUCUGUGCCACACUUACUGACAGUGUCUGUGUGCGUGUGUGUGCAUACGUGCGUCUGCCUGUCUUGUCUGUCUGUCUGUCUGUGCGCAUCUGUCUGUGUGCUCAUGUUUUCUUUUUUGUCGACCAGCUAACGGAAGCGAGGUGCACAUCAGCAACGUCCACUUCGAGGACACGGGAGCAUACACCUGUAUCGCCAGAAAUGACGCCGGGGUGGACGAGGACAUUUCCUCCCUGUUUGUGGAGGAUUCGGCACGCAAGACCCGUAUGUAUAAGUCAUGA